UAUAUUCGAUCUCGUAAUUAUUCUAUUUUUAUCAAUAAAUUGAUGUGUUAAUUUUAUAUUUUUAUUUUGUCAGUAACUCAUCAGUUAUUGCGUUUGAAUAUAAAAUCGACAUGACAUCUACACUUACAUACAAACGAAACAUAACCAAAGUGUAAACUAAAAAAAUUUUCAUUGUUCUAAAAAUUUUAUCUAAAUAAAGAAAAAGAAAUUUAUUUAUUAAUUUUCAAGAAAACUAGAUAAUUAAAAGAGAGAAUGUCUGAUAAUAAAAAAACAUUUUGUGAUGAUAUGCGAAAAGCAACGAGAGAAAUUCAUGCAAUAAGCGAUGCGUUGGUCAACGCUAAAUUAGCAUUAGGUUUGCAUAAUAACAAAAUAUGGGCUGAUGGGCUUUUGAUAUUCUAUGAAAUAUUUAAAUUUCUAGAAAAAUCAAUUGACGCUAAAAUCCAUGAGAAAAUAGAACGUUUUCAAUUUUUGUAUGACUUGAAACGAUCACAAGCGAUUGAAAAUGAUUUGAAUUAUUAUUUAAACAAAGAUUGGUUGAAAAACUACUCUCCUAGACCUGCAGUUGUUGAGUAUAUAGACCACCUAAAGAAUCUAGAAACUGAUAAUCCUAUUUUAAUAAUCGCCUAUAUAUAUCAUCUGUACAUGGGAUUAUUGUCCGGUGGAAUAAUACUUCGCAAAAAGCGACAGUUGAUCCAGAAACUGAUGCCUUUUAAUUCUGGAGCCAGUAAAUUGGACGGUAAUCAUGUUACUGACUUCGACGAGCUAAGUAUUUAUGAGUUAAAAAAAAAUGUUAAAAGGAUAAUGAACGAAGUUGCUGAUGAGCUCGAUGAAGAUACUAAGAAGAGUCUUAUUGAUGAGAGUAAACAAGUUUUUUUAUUGAAUAAUAAGGUUAUUCAGAGUGUACAGGGAGUAAAUGCUGUGAUAUUUAAGAAAUAUGUUCCUAUUGUUUUAUGUGUAAUUGGAAUUGUUUUGAUGUUUUUUAUUUUUAGAACGAGGGAUUAGUUUUUUUUAUUUUUAAGUAUUUUUAAAAAAAGUGAUGUUUAUUAUCAAUUGUUGAAGAAUGUAUAUAUUAAUUUUAUGUAAAUUUAAUUUUUUUAGCAAACAAA